AUGGUGCUUACAAUUAGAUUAACAAGAGUGGUUGAUAGAGUAAUUAGCCCCUAUCAGACAGCUUUCAUUCCAGGGAGGAAUAUCCUUGAAGGUGUAGUCAUUUUGCAGGAAGUCUUGCACGAGCUCAGGUCAACUAAAUCUACUGGAGUUAUUUUAAAGCUAGAUUUUGAGAAAGCUUACGACAAAGUGAGUUGGUCUUUCCUAGAAGAGGUCUUACUGAGGAAGGGUUUCUCUGAGAAAUGGAUCCAGUGGAUAAGACAUGCUGUUCAAGGAGUCAGAGUUUGCAUCGAUAUCAAUGGCGAAAGGGGCAGUUUUUUCAGAAGUUUCAAAGGACUCAGACAAGGAGAUCCUCUUUCUCCAUUGCUAUUCAACCUAGUUGCUGAUGCCUUAUCAGCUAUGCUGAGUAGAGCUAGAGAUGCAGAGCUGAUCCAAGGGUUAGUUGAGAAUUUGAUAGAGAGAGGAUUGACUCAUCUCCAGUACGUAGACGAUACUAUUAUACUUCUUAAAUUCUCUCCUCGGUGUCUACAAAAUCUUAGAGUGAUUCUGUCCUGUUAUGAGGCCAUGUCAGGUUUGAAAAUCAAUUUUGAGAAGAGUGAGGUUUAUACUGUAGGCCUUGGAGAAGAGGAUCAACGCUGUGUGACUGAGACCCUGAAUUGUAAACUUGGCUCUUUCCCCAUAAAAUACUUGGGUAUGCCUGUUAGUGACCAGAGGAUUACUAAAGCUCAAUUGACGUAUGUUAAUGACAAAUUUGAGAAAAGGCUGGGCACCUGGCAGUGUGAUUACCUCUCCUCUGGGGGCAAAUCUACACUUAUAGAUUCAUGUCUGUCCAGCAUCCCAAUGUACACUAUGGGUGUAUAUCAGCUAUAUGAAGGUAAUUUUCAGCUUUUAGACACUGUCAGAUCUCGAUUUUAUUGGCAAGGAACUGGGAAAAAGAGGAAAUAUCAUAUGAUCAAAUGGGAGGCAUUGAACAGGCCAAAAGAAUUUGAUGGCCUAGGUUUCCUAGAUGUUAGAGUUAUGAAUAUUUGUUUAAUGGCUAAAUGGAUUGACAAAUUGGAAAGGGAGGACAACAGCCUGUGCUGUACUAUCCUGAGGAACAAAUAUUUGGGACAGAAGAGUAUCUUUCAAAUCAAAAGAAGGCAAGGAUCCCAAUUUUGGAGAUCGCUUCUAGACAUAAGGGACUGGUAUCAAAGGGGCAGGAAAGUAACAAUUAGAGGUGGACAUCAAACAAGAUUCUGGCUGGACUGUUGGUUAGGAGACUGCCCUCUGAAUGUUAUGUUCAAUAACUUGUUUCAGAUUGCUACCAAGCCUGACAUAGAGGUCUUCGAAGUUUUUGAGAACGGUCAAUGGCAGAUCCAAUUCAGGAGACAGCUGAAUGGUAUCCUUAGAGAUGAAUGGAUCCAAUUACAAACCAUGUUGAGCGAGGUCACUUUGACAGAAGAAAGAGACGUAGUUGUUUGGGCAUUGGAAAAGUCUGGAAAGUACUCAACAAACACUCUAUAUAGACUGAUGACUUUUGGGGGCAUUAGAGAUAUUCAAAUGAUGAGAAUCUAG